GCCCCCUGGUGCUCAGCAGUGGAAAUAGUAUGGGAGAAAAUGUAUUUUCUUUGGAGACCAUGCCCACAGCUACCAUGCUUGAAAGGCUUCAAAAUUAAGCUGCUGGAACCGAAGGUCCUCUCCUCAGCGUUAUUUCAAAAGGUCACUUCCUCCACUGUGACUGUAUUGGUUCUAAAUAUACAUCACUUUCCCACAAAAAAACUACCCAAGGCAGUUUACUCGGAGGGGGGGGGGUUGUAGCUCAGUGAGAAAACACUUGCUUUGCAUGCAAAAGGUCACAGGUUCUCCAGGUAGGUCAGCAUAACUGGGUGGGUAGGAAAUCCCUGUACAGUGGUACCUCAGGUCCAGAGGUGCUUUCUUAACCUGAAACUGUUCCUAACCUGAAUCACCACUAUAGCUAAUGGGGCCUCCAGCUGCCGGAGCACAAUUUCUGUUCUCAUCCUGAAGCAAAGCUCUUAACCUGAAGCACUAUUUCUGGGUUAGUGGAGUCUGUAACCUGAAGCGUAUGUAACCUGAAGCGUAUGUAACCUGAGGUACCACUGUAAUGGAAGGGGAGGCAAGUAGAAGCCUCUUAAGCCUUUUUUUUUACACAAACUGCCUUGCGCAGUAGACCAGUUACACUUAGAAGACUGUCCAGUAAUGCUGGCCCCUACAGCGCCCUCUGACAAAGAUGGAUUUUUGGAUCCUAAGCAAAUAUUUAACCAGGGACCCUGAGAUAGCAUCUAGUAUACUUAAUUUUCUCCAGGGCAAAACAAACUCCAUCAACAUUGCUCUCCGCUAAUAAACAACCAGCUCUCUGGAUCCGAGCAACCGGCAUUUCUCUGGCAUCCCCUUCUGUAGCAUGAGCCAAGUGAUUUAUGUUCAUGGGAGAUUUUACACUUCUCCUGCAAAUAUAUGCAAGAACCCAAAGCCAAACUUUAUGUAGUUUAUUAAGAAUGAAGAAGAAAGGAAGAUGACACCCUCCUGGUCAGCUUCUACACUGAAGCUCCAAAGUCUAACCCCAUGUGAGAGAUUUAUAUAAUUUGAACCCGUAGCUGGCUGGCCUAAUAUCUAAAUUCCUCCCACCUGUUAAGCUAGUCCAAAAUACAGGGGCCAGCAUACUUAAUUAACUCUGCAGUUGCACUACUACUGGCAGGCACUCAGCCUCCAGCCGGGCCAUGUGGAUCUUCCCAAACCCUGCUGCUACUUAUUAUUAGAGCACAAACAGUACAUCAAAACAAUAAAGCAAACCAAAAACCGUUGACAGUCCCAAAGAGAUUGUACCAAUAAGCAAUGAGGUUGUUGGCAUUCAUUUGUCUCAAUAGACAAUGAAGCGUGCCUCCAGGGGUGAAGCCAAACCACUGUGUUAUCAACAUUGAAGUGACCUCCCUGGGGCUCAAGCCUGGGCAGUGCGUAGGAAGUCCUGGGCUGUCCGGACAUCAGUCUCACUGAUGUGGUCCAAAGGAAAGCAGAACAAUAUAUUUGGCAGCAGCCUGUCUCAAUAGUUGCUGGAAGGAGGCAUAUAAGAGGCCAUCCAACUGUCUUGGUAACUCCACUCCAUGUAGUUACUCCCCAGCCUUUUUUUCUCUCCUGAAAAUAUCCCAAAAGGCAGCAGUGGUUUCAGAUCAGAUUUUCCUUCUCCUAGAUUGGCAACUUUCCCAGGUUGAUGAGUCACAUUUCUCCCUAAGCAAUGAGGAAGAAUUGUAUAAACCAAUUGACCUAUCUCCUCUAAAUACAAAAUUUUCCUGGCAUAGGUUUCCCUUACAAUUGAUUACUUCAAGACUUGAUUACUGCAAUGAGCUCUAUGUGGGGCUUCCCUUGUGCUUGAUCUGUAAGCUGCAGUUUGUGCAGAAUCACUUCAAAAGAAAACCUUUAUAAAGUAAUUUUUAGAUGGUACUUGACCCCCACUAUGCUCAAACAGUGUGGCAUAGUGGUUAGAGUGCUGGAUUAGGACCUGGGAGGCCAGAACACAAAUCCCUAUUCACCCAUGAAGCCCACUUGGUGACUUGGGGCCGGUCACUCACUCUCGGCUUAACCUACCUCACAGUGUUGUUGAGAGGGAGAAGUGUGUAUGCUAGGUUGACUUCUUUGGAGAAAAGGAGGGAUAUAAAUGUAAUAAUAAAUAAAAUCGUAAAGUCAUAUUUGUCAAGGUUCAAAUAAUGUGUGUUGUAAAGAAGCGCAAGUGGUGUCAGGCACACCUCACUGGGGACAUCAUCAACAACAAAAAUGUUUGUUUUUGUGCCUUCUGCUCAACCCCUUUCAUUGAUUUGUUUUAGCUGCUAAGUUAUUCUGCUGCUGUUUUCUACUUUUGGUAACUUUAAUUAACUGGAUUUUACUGCAUUUUAAAUUGUGAUUGUUUUAAGUUGUUUUGUUGUGCAUGUGUUUGCGUGUGGGAAGUGUGUUGAUAAUCAUUUUCAGCUGCCAUUAUAAGGCGACCACUAGCAGCAAUUGCGGAAAUUAAUAAUAAUUUAAAAAGGGAGAAGUCUGAUUGCGAUGCCUUCAUCUCAGGAUUAGCGCAAGGCGGCAGGGAUGGCAGCGAGGACAACGAACGCUCGUUUUCUGCUCCAUCCCCCCUAGCGGUGAAAGGGGGAACAGCAGGAGCUACAGCGUCGCUGGGAAAGCCGAACCAGGCGGUGGGAAGACAAACCCGGAGCCUGGAUUCUUGGGCGAAGCGAGUGGUGGGGGAGGAAGGGGCGGGGCCUGAGCGCCGUCAAACUCCCCGAGAGACAAAGCCAAGAGCCGCUCAUUUCCGGUUCCCAUUCGCGCCACAUAAACAACACCAACAAGCCGAGCGGGGAGCUGCUCUACCCGCCCCCCCCCCCCGCUCAACGCUGCCUUUUGGGGCCGAGGGCUCCUUUCGCCUCGCCUUCCCGUAACUACGAUUCCGGAAGCUCCGUGAGGCGGGAGCUCUCGAAGUUGGGGGGUUCGAGUGGUCCUCCGGGACUGGGACUUCGCCGUGAGAAGCGGCAGGAGGAAAGGGCCGCCGCCGCCGCCUGUGAGGAAGACCGCCAUGGCGGCCGGGCGGCUCGAGGGUUCCCGGGCGCUGAGGUGCCGGCCGGCGCAGGCGCAGUAGCGGCGCUACCCCGAGCGCGCGAGAGAGAGAGAAAAGGCGGAGCGAGCGCCGCUCUCCGGGCCCGGCCUGCCCCCUCCCCCCCCCCCCCCGCUCAGUCCCGGCCUGCGCUUCGUCUCGCCCGCCUCACGUCGCGCCCCGGCCCUUCGCCACCGCCGCCAUGGAGUGCCCUCACCUCGGCGCCAGCGUCUGCCUGGCGCCCGACUCGGCCAAGUUCCCUCAGGGCUCGCCCUCCUCGUGGUGCUGCAGCGGUGAGUGGGGGCGGGGGGGGGCUGACAGGCACCUUCAUCUUCCUCGCUCCCCUCCCCCCAACCCCGCUCUCCUUUGUUCCAGGGCCACGUCCAGGCCCUUCGCCCGCCCGGCUUUAUUUCAACACCCGUCUCUCGAGCUCCCCCCCCCCGCCCACCGGCAACAAAAAGAUCUCUGGGAUUUUGCUCUUCCCACGACCCCUCUCUCGAGUCCGUCCUCUUCCUCCCCCCCCCUUAUUCCGCUUCACUGUGGCUUGAGGGGCCUUCGCUUUCUCCACUAGCUUUGCCUCCUCUUGCCCCCCGCCCCGCCCUUUCCUGCACCUUACGCGCCAGAGCAACAAAGAGGGGGCAGCACCUGAAGAGGCACCGCGUCUCUUUUCGUCUUGCUUGGGCUUUUCCCUGCCUUAAAGUUGUGGUAACCCUUGACAGGCUCUGCCUCGUGGCCGUUGCCUCACUUUCCCGGUUCUGUGUAAGAUUUCCUCUUCCUCUUCUUAUCCCCUCCUGGUGAGACUCCGCGUUCAGAUUCUGCCCUCCUGAUCCCAUUAAACCAUUUUCUCUGAUCUCUCGAUAUUCUCCCACUGUCGUGUGCAAACAACAGUGCAUCUCCUUUUCGUUAUGCAUGUACAGUACUAGGCUGCCUCCUUAUAUAACUUCCCGAAAUCCUGAGCUUGCUUCUCAUUUCCUUUGUGGCCUUUUUCUCUCUAUGGUCCACAGAUGCUAGGGCUGGGGGGGGGGGGAGGAAAGGAUGCCUGCAAGAACAAGAGGAGCAGGAAGUCUUCGAUUUCAGACCCUUUCUCAGCAGGGGACCAUCCUGGGCCUUUGCUGGAGAUGUUGGAGGGAUCAUAUUUUCUACUCUUUUUAGAAAGAUGGAUCAUUUGCAGCACUCCUACCUCCCAAAGCUCAGGAUAUGUAGUUUUUGCAUUCAUCUAUCCGUGAAUGCUUUUGCAGGCCUCAUUUUACUCCUUCCCAUUCUGUGGGCUCAGGAAUGCUUGGCCUCUACAGUUCUGCCUAGCUUGUCUUACUUUCUUAGAGAGGGAAGUCUAGCAGAUGUGAUCCUGACCAUGUGCUGGCAGGCAAGGCAUUGUCCUGGAGAGAGGAGGUGGCCAAGGGGUUCGUUGCCUUCAAAUGGGAAAGAAUGCAGAAAUUUCUUUCUAGCUUCUUUGUUCCGGUGAGAGAGCAGUAGCGAGAAAAACAAAACCCACCAAGGAGGACGCUGAAGAGGCUGUGUUUCUGUUGCGAACUUUGCUGUCUGUUCUUCGACCGCAGUAAAGAUUGGUUGGUUGGUUGCUGAAGAGGCUGUUUGUGUUUAAUGUGCUCGAAGGUGCCUCUUGUAUUUUUGAAUUUAGGCCAUGCCAGUGAACUGGGCCACAGUAUGCUGGAGGGUGGAUAUAGUGCAAUAAAACAUAUGGGGAGGGAAAGUUUCAACAGGAAAUGCUGGGUAAUUUGAUUCCUCUGUGUGUACACAUGGCCUCAGUCAAUAUUUACAUAAUUGAGAUGUGUGUUGUGGUGCAAAUGUAAGACUUUCCAUGUUUGGCCUUUUGUUCAUUUCAUGGUGGUAAUAAACAUUGAGACACUUGCUUUACAUUUUCAGUACGCUCAUGGAAACAGAGUACUGUAAGUUGUGUUCAGUUGUUUCACUUUGAGUUGUUUUCACCUUUCUAGUAGGAAGUAAAUCAAUAGUAGGGUGUUUUACAGUGUUUCAGCUGUGCUCUUGUAACUUCUCUUUUUCUCUAAAAUGUCUGAGUUGUACUCGAAAAGCCUCUCUUUUGAAUUUGCAAAACUCAGUCGGAGUUUUGCAGUUCAAUGGGUUGUGGAUUGCAUCUUGUCACUAAAGUGAGGAAACCUUGCUAAUGUUGUUUUCUGAGGUUUCCUUCUAUGGAGGAAAAGCUACAUGGCUGCUCUUACGUUUAUGUUUGAGAGAGGCUGUUAGCUUGCUUGAAUCUCCUGUGCAACUCCAUCCUGGAGCUAAGGUGUGGUAGGUACUACUGCUGCCUUUGGCUAAACCAGUUAUAUUACUCUGUAAAACAUGCAGUGUUAAAGCAGAAUUUAUUAUACUAUGUGAUGUUGCAGGAGAACUAAAGUGUAAAUGAAAGCACUGAAAAAGAAAACAACUUUGAGAAAUAUCUUUACAAACUUAGUCAUAAGGGGCGUAUCUAUUAGCUCAGGCAAGCAAAUCUGUUAGGCAAGAUCACUGGCAUGAAGUUCCUCUUCCUCAAGGAAGGUCAGAAAGAUAACAUUACCAAAGGUGAAGGUAGUAAAAAGUAUCAGUGUCAGUAUCUUGCAGAUUAUAAAAGUAUACAGUGGUACCUUGGUUUAAGAACAGCUUAGUUUAUGAACAACUUGGAUUAAGAACGCUGCAAACCCAGCAGUAGGUGUCUUGGUUUGUGAACUUUGACUUGGAAUAACAACAUGUUUUGCUUCCUGUUGAGUGUGUUCCAUUUGUAAAUUGAAUCCACCGUUGCUAUGGGAAAGCACACCUUGGUUUAAGAACAGACUUCUGGAAGGGAUUAAGUUCGUAAACCAAGGUACCACUGUACUGUGAGCUGUCUUUAGGGCCUGACAAGCUAGUUGUCUGCAUGGAAGUGUUACUUGCCCCUUACAAAUGGCUUCCUGUAAGUCUGACGUUUGUAUAAAUAUCCUGACAAUGAUUUGGGGGAAUUUGCUGCAAAAUUGAAUUAGUUUGGAAGAUGUUACAAUUGCACUCCUAAAGAGUACAGUUGAAGUUGCUGUUUUGCUGAGACAGGGCCAGAUACAUCUUUGUCUAUUGUAUAUGUAAAUUAACAUAAGUGCACUUACACAAAUGCAGGAGUGUUUUACAGGAUGCCAGAGUUUUUCCGUACGCUUUGUUUGAUAAAGCUCCCCUCUCAUUACCACCUUCCCCUCCCUGCAGUCUCAGCCCUCCCAUGGUUCUUCCAGUCCAUAAAACAUCAAUCAUGCUUGUAACGCUCUAGAAAAGCCAGGAGUUUAUGAUGUACUGUAUUGCAAUGUGGAUUUCCAAUAGACUCGUGUGUGUGUGUGUGUGUGUGUGUGUGCGCGCGCGCAUAUUUAUGUGUGGCUGUUACACUCCUUUGGGAAUACCCUGUUGAACAGAGUUCAGCAGAGGAGGACGGGAGUUAUUUUUCUUUCUACAAUAUACUAUAGACAUAUAAAGGGAACAAGUGUGGGAACUUUCCCCCUGUCCUUUUGUGUUUUGUAUUAGAAUUAUACAAGAUGACAAAUAAAAUAUUCUGGGCUGGUUUGUAAACAUUUCUAGUGAAAACAUAUUUUUCUGCCUAUAUUGGAUGUCAUUAAUUGGGUAUUCUCUUUCUCUGCUACUGCUGUUCUUAUAGUGAGACAGUAAUUUUAACCUCUGCUGUUCUUAAUUAUUUUUUGCUAUUUCUUUAUGGUUGUAUUUUACUGCUUUUUAAAGCAUUCAUUAUAAUUGCUCUAGUGCUGUAAGUUAAUGAGCACAGUUGUGACUACAUUCCUUGGCACUGUUUGGUGAUGCUGUAGUUAUUCCUCAUUUUUUGUGGUGUUUAGAAUAAAGCUUUUGUUUAACCAGAGGCCUCCAAAUUAUGUCCACUGAUGAGACUCGCCAUGGGAUUCACCUUCUGGCCAGUGUUAGAAACUGAGAUAUGAAAACUAGAAGCUAAAUGGCACCUUAAACCUUAGUUCUAGGUGCAACAAUGAAAUGAAUGUCUAGGUGCGCUUUUUAAUAACAAGAAUACAAAGCUGAAAAUGAAUGAACUGCAGCUAAAAUAUUGUGUUCAUUUUUCACAAGGUCCAGUCCUCAUCUGAAGACUGCAAAAAAAAAACCAAAACAACAACAACAAACAAAGCCAUGCUUCCCCUGCCCGCCCCACUAAUAUUCUUAAGAGGGUCUCUUCUCCAGUCUUUAGAGAGCGGCUGGAAGUGGGGAGGCAGAAAAAGGUCCUCCUUUCUUUCCAUUCUGCAGACAAGCCGUGGAUUUUCCCUACACCCCCUUUCCCUCAUAUAAAUAUUUUUUUUUGGCACUACAGUUAACACAUAUUAAAGGCCAAUACAUCUGAUGGUAGAGACACCCACCUUGAGUGUCCAGUUCGCAAACCUAAGACUUAAGUGUCCUACAAUGAUCCCACUCCAAAAUUUGUUUUGAUUUUAAGCAUCCCUGUGAGAGUCUGAAGUAGAUAACACUUUAACAUGCGCUACUUAAAACAUCAUAACUAACUGGCUAGUGUAUUUCAAAUUAAAAGCACAUCAUACAUUAAAAGUACAUUAAACAAGGCAGCUAAAACCUAAACAAAACAUAUUGAGUUCAAAAGAAAAGUUUUCAGGUCCCCGAUCCAUGCAUAUUUUACUUGAGAGGAAGCCCCAUUGAACUCAAUUGGGAUUUACUUCUGAGCAACAGGCAGAUCCAGAUCAGGAUUGAAAACCCUUUCCCCCCAUAAUGGUGCCCAAAUUGCUUCUUUUGUUUCUUAUACAUUGCAUUUUAUUGUAUUACAGUUUCCUGAAUUCCUUAACAUUGUAAAGUACAGUGCAUGAGAGUUGCUAAACAGAGAAAAAUAUUUAAAUGGUCCACCAAGAUGCUCAGCAGUUUUCAAGUGCACUGUGGAUGGGAAGUUAGAAAACCACCGCUCCUGUCUAGAUCAUUCUCCCUAGUUCUCCUUCCAUCUCCCACAUGUGUGAAAUUCCACCCAAGGUUUAAUUUCUCCUGUGCAAUUAAUUCUGUAGACAAGCCCAUUCCUCCAGCAGUUUCAGUGAAAGCUGAUGGGUGGGGGAGAGUUUCACAACUCUUGAGGAAAGAGCCAGACAAGGCAGUGAGAGCUUUGCUCCCUGUCCGUUUUCAGUGGUUGAGACAAGAUGGGAAUGAGAUGGAGGGAGGGAGGAAAAAGGCAGCUGUACUCCUAGCCUAAGGGCAGCCAAUCCAAGGCUUCUGAGAGCGAAACACUGCCUUUGUGUAAGGCCAGCUCUGAGGUGGAACCUAUCAACUUACCUGAUGCUGCAGCAAUCUCUUGGAAGUCUAGCGGGAAGGAAUUUCUCCUCCCAAACCCUCAGCAGUGGCAGUUUUAAUAUGAAAUAUUAGGUGCUUCCAGAGUUCAGAAACUGCUCGUAUUUAUGAAAUUCCCUGUCGUAAAAUGUGUCUAGAACAAUGGAAGUUUUGAACACUGCACCCAGUGAGAGGUACGUUGGGUGAUUGUGCUAAUGGCCCACCUCAUGGUUUAAGUGAAAAUUUGCACCUGAGUCCCGCUCCCCCCCGCCCCGGCACCCAAAUUCUAGUCUGAAACUCUCCACUAAGCACUCACUUUUGCCACUUAGGACUUGCUUGGGUUCCCUAUUGGAGAGACUUGCAGUUAUAGCAGGUAGCCAAUGAGAGAAGCUUUGUAAUGCUGCUUGAUUUGACUAGGGCUGCUGCCAGUGUUCGAAACUCCCAUUGUUCUAGGUGCAUUUUGCGACAAGGAAUUUCAUCAGUGUGAGCAGUUUCUGAGCUCUGGGCACAGUACUGCGCCUAAAAUUUCAGAUUAAAACUGCAGAGUGGAAGGAAAGGAGAACCCUUUUCUGCCUCCCUACUUCCAGCUAUUCUCUGAAGACUGGAGAAGAGACCCUCUUAAGAAUAUUAGAGGGGUGGGCAGGGGAAGGAAUAGACCAUUUGAAAAAUGAACAUAAUAUUUUAGUUACAGUUCAUUCAUUUUCAACUUUGUAUUCUUGUUAUUUAAAAAGUGUGCCUAGAUAUUCCGUUGUUGCGCCCAUAACCUAGGUUUAAGGUACUAUUUAGCUCCUAGCUUUCAUAUCUCAUUUUCUAACACUGACUGCUGCAGGGCUCAGCAGCAAGCAUCCUUCAUGAGUAGCCAUUCUAACAUAUGGUAACCAUAACGAAAUAAAAUGAUAGUGGCAUUUUUGGAAUAUGGGCAUUUCAUUGAGAGUAUUUGCUGGAUCAGUUUACAGGCAGGCCAACUCAGCUCUAAUCUCUUGACUAAUAACAAUGUCUUCAAUUGUUAUACUGAGUAUUUAUUAUGCUUUUUCAAUUACGUUUUUAAAAUGGGAAUAUUUAUUGUGUUACCAGCUUGACCCACAUGGCUGAAGGUUUUUGGCAUAACUGGAAGUUGCCUGGGAGACUUACUCUCAUCUAGAUGAGAGUAAGAGUGAUUCAUUCUGGGGCAGCUGCUGAAGAGGGGUUCUUUGUAUGCCUUGUUUGUAUCGACUCAGUGUAUAGAUCAUAGGGCUGGAAAUAUAUGUUAGAUGCCCGGUUGCCAUAGCGAUUGAAAUUUGGUUCUUUUGCAGUGCUUGGAAAACUAUUCUGUCAGCUUGUGAAAAUCUUUGCACAUGUACCCAGUCUUGGUUAUAAAUGAUACCAGAGGAUGACAUGUACAGGACUUGUCAGUGCAAGUGGUCAUAAUUCCUCUGUCACAGCAACUGUCAUUUGAAAUAAAUCAUUCUUAUUUUUAUCUGCUUAACAAAAUUUAUAUACUGCUUGAUUAUAAACAGAAUCUCUAAGUCAUUUACAUAAACUAAAACAAACAAUGAAAGGCAAACUUAAAGUUAAAACGUAAUUAAAACCAACUGUUAAACUAAAAGCAGAUUUAAAACACAUGUCAAUUUCUACAUGUCAAUAUAUUUUAAUACCUUAUUUCAUCUUGGCUACACAGAGAAGUAGCUCAGUGAUACUGUGGAAAGCUCUGAUACAGUUUAGGCACAGUUUAUCAUGUUACAGCCAAACCAUGGUUUGGUAUCCCUACUUAGGUGCUCCUCUCACGUGCUCAGAUUUCCUCUGAUUUGAGUAGCUUUCUGUUUGCUGUGGUAGCUGAAUUGGGAAAACUAAGGUUUCUAUAAAUGGCAGCUUGUCUCCAAACAAGAACUAGAAAGUAGUUUGAAGUUGAAUUUGAGGUUAUUCUUUCAUUCAGUCUGGUCAUUAGCAUAAAAUUGCGGUUGAAGGUUUCCUGUAAGGAGCGUGCAGUAUGAAAAGGCAGAACAAGCCACAGCUAAAUGUCAGACCUAUACCUUUGCUUCCCUCGUAGCUGGCCCAAUUUUAUUAGCAGUUUUUUUUUAUUACGAUGCUUGGCAUGCCUUCUUUAUUGUUUAUUUUAAAUGCAUGUGAUUUUUAUUGUAUUGAGUUGUAAGUAAUUCUUUUCAAAAAUGAGACCCUUAAAGUAAUUCAGUGAUACUGGAAAAUGAUCAUCCAGCCAUAGGUGUGUGCAGGUAAGGAUUGUUGCAUCAGUGAAAUGCUGCUUCAUCCUCCUUGUGUUUUGAUUUGGCAUUCAUGCUGCUUUUUAAAACAAUUUAUUUAUUAAAUUUUCCAAUAUACAUUUUCCACCUUUAAAUAUACAACAGUACAUCCAAUGACUUCCCAUUUUCUCUUUGUUUUUCCUUGUACUUCCAAAAGUAACUGCAUAUUCUAUUUCCUCUAUCUAGUUUUCCCCUUUCCAUUAUAUCUUAAUCUACAUUAUACUGUUGAAUUUACAAUAAUCCUGCUAGCAUUUUCACUUGCUUACAAUUGUUUUCCAAAUAUUCCACAAAUAAUUUCCAUUCCCCUUUAUACAUACAUUCUUAUUGUUCUCUUACCUUCCUGGCUAGGCCUGCUAGCUCUGCAUAGUCCAUCAUUUUCAGUUGCCAUUCCUCUUUCUUUGGAACCUCUCCCACCUUCCAUUUCUGAGCUAACAAAAUCUGAGCUGCUGUCUUUGCAUCCAUAAAUAGCUUUUUCUAUCCCCUGGGUACUUCUGUCUGUACCAUACCCAAAAUAAAUGCUUCUGGUUUGUUUGUUUUUUGGAAUAUUCUUGUAAACCAUUUUUUUCAUUUCAUUAUAAAUUCUUUCCAAAGCAUCAUUAACUAUUCGAAUGACCACCCAUAUAUGAUAAAACGUUCCUUCUGCUUCUUGACAUUUCCAACAGAUGCCUGUUUCACUUUUAAACAUCUUUGCCAAUUUACUUGGAGUUAGGUACCAUCUAUAAAUCAUUUUCAUAUAAUUUUCCUUCAAUGUGCAACGUGCAGUAAAUUUUAAAUCCGUCUUCCAUGUGGCAAUCAUGCUUCAAGGUAGAUUAGGGAGGGGUUUGUGGCCACAGUCCAAGUGUGUACUUUCCUCCUCCUUGCUCAUAAGUGCAAAAACAACUUUCUGUGUUCUCGCUCAGCCAGUGCUGAUAUCAUCUUGAUUACUGAAUGGAAACCAGGCCUCAUCUGGGUAUUUGCAUAACUUAAGGGGUAUGACAUUGGGUUUCAUGCUAGGGUGGAGUAGAAGAAAAACAACUUUUAACGAAGCACUUAAAACAGAACAAUAAAGAAUACAUUAAUAAGGUACCUUUAUUUUUCUGUCUCUCAUUGAUUCUGUUAUAUACAUUUUCAUGAUUACUUCAGAAUUUCUGUUACCUGGAAAUGCAGGCAUGUUUGGUUCCCUGUGUCAACAGAUCUUGUUAGUCUCUACGGCUACAGAAGAUAGUCUUGUUUGCUCUUAGUAGACAGGCUAGGUUUGAUGAAAAGGGAACUAUAUCAUAUACAUGAAUUAGUAAUGUUUAUAUGUAAUAGACUUGAAACUUGGCUGCCAUCCGCCUAUCUGCAUGGUUGUUUCUCGGGUAUUGGCUUAGCUGCUGUGGCUCGCUGCUUAGGGUGACUGUGUCAGCAGUAGAAUGUGGAAUUUUUCUUGGAGGGAUAAGUAACCUUGAAGGCACAGAGUAAAGGGAAAAAGCGACCACUAAGAGAGAAGUGCCAGAGGAAGAAAGUAUCUUGCUCAUGGGCAAGGAGUUGGAUUGCAGGAAGGGACUUGUGAAGUUGAAAGCCAAGAGUGCAGUGAGGUCAGUGGUCAGAGUUGGAGGACAAGCAAAAUUCAAUCAUUUAAACUAGCCAGUUGUUGCUUUAGUGCAGGUCUUUUAGUUGUCUAAGAAAAUGACUAAUAAGUUCUUGGAGAGUGGUGAGUUGCCUUUAGAAGUGUAUUGUUUAAAGCUACCUUGGGCAUUAUAUCUUCAGUUUCUUGACACAGCUGUUCUCUAAAGCCCAUUUCCUGUUUGUCUGCUGUUUCAUCCUAACUUGACUUUUCUCUUUUCUCAUCUGUGAGUAUGGAAGCUACAGAUAACUUCUUACUCACCUUCAACCCUCUUUGUAGCAGCCUGGGUUUGAAUAUGAUAUGGGACACGGGUGGCGCUGUGGUCUAAACCACAGAGCCUAGGGUUUGCCGAUCAGAAGGUUGGUGGUUCGAUUCCCAUCGACAGGGUGAGCUCCCGUUGCUUGGUCCCUGCUCCUGCCAACCUAGCAGUUCAAAAGUACAUUAAAGUGCAAGUAGAUAUAUAGGUACCGGGAAGGUAAACGGCAUUUCCGUGCGCUGCUCUGGUUCACCAGAAGUGGCUUAGUCAUGCUGGCCACAUGACCCGAAAGCUGCCGGUGGACAAAUGGCAGCUCCCUCGGCCAGUAAAGCGAGGUGAGCGCCGCAAUCCCAGAGUCGUCUGCGACUGGACCUAACGGUCGGGGUUCCUUUACCUUUACCUUUACCCAGUACAUAGACAAAAACUGAGAAGUUCUUGGUUCGAAAGUCAUUGCAGCUGACUAAAAAAUGAUAGGUGAUCUUUGGCAAGCCACUGUGCCAUUGCUUCAGCCCCAUCCCCCUGCAACAUACACAUAAUAGUGUCUACUCUACAGGGUUACUGGAAUGGUUACUGGAAUAACAUGUAAAGUGGUUUGAACAUUUUGCUUUUAUAAAUUGGUUUAUAUGCCCCCAAAGUAGCUUGCAACAAAACCAGCUGAGACACAAUCAAACAAAUGCAUUCAAGAAGCAGACUAAAAUGGUCAAAAACUUAAGAGCAAAUGAAAAGCUAAGCAGAAUAAAAAGAUCUCAACAGCUCACCUAAAGCUUAGAAAGGAGGGAGCCAACUGAGGGGCAGACUAAAUGUUGUUUAUAGGGUGAAAUAUUUUGCUCUUUAAAAAUAGAGCAGUUAAUUCUUUGCAGGGAAUGGCUGUGCCCAUUGUGUAAAUAAGGAACAAGCAUUGCAAACUCACUUCAAGUUACAAAGUUGUAAACAACACUAUUCUCCCUUUUCUGUUAUGCAAUGGCAAAUAUAGUUUCCACAUUCCCAAAUUAACAGGAUGUUGAAGAAAAGAGACAUAUGACUCAUUUCAGACGGCCUUAUGGCAUCUCAGAUUCUUUUUGGCCAAAUCCUUCCUAUAUGAAUGUCUUUCAUAAUACUUGAGGCCAUUCUAAAAAUACAGCUGGGUAAAACUGUAGGUAAUUGCUGCUGUAGACACUUUAGCUAAAACUUGCAGAACAGUUCUGUUUAUUUCUCUUUAAUGUGAGCUGUAUAAAGACUCCCCUUUUCACACAAAGAAGAGCUUUGAUUUUGUAAAAUUGGUUUGAUAUUUUCAACAUCUAGAUAGAUACUAAGUUCAGUUUACAGGCAUAAGUAUAUUACUUUGCCCCUGAAGGCUUCUCUGUACCUAGAAGCUGGAGUACUAAGCAGCCAAGCAACUCUGAACAAUGGUUUACCUGAAUUUUCAGAGUUCAGGCAUCAUGCUUGGGUUUUAAGCUCUAAUUAGUGCAAACUAUGGUUUGGUUGUAUGUCUGUGUUGCACCAGCAUCUCACCACAGUUAUGAAGGCUUAUUUUUCAGGAACUAUAGUUGUAUGCCAUCAAAUACACUAAUUGGGCUGUCAGUGUUUGGAGAGAGUGGCUGUAUUUUGUAGCUUGCAUGGAACUGAACCUAAGAUUUCAUGGGCAUAUUUCUUAAAAUCUCUCUAUUCUAGCAUAGAAUGUAAUUGUGAUGAUAGUGUGGCCCCAAAAUGCAAUGUUUUAGCUGUUAUGCCUGGGCUUUGAGGAGUUCUUUGACUCCUUAGGAUGUUGGAGGCUGGAGAUACAAAAAUAAAGAGAAUCUAAUUCAGCACCAUCCUAUUGUCGGGAGGCCUCGCUUAUCUUGUUAAUUGCACAGUGAAAGCCUUCCAUGGAUCAUCCAGCCUCUUCUAGUGACCAGCACCUGUUUGCUCCCAGGGGAAAAACUUGUGAAAGAGUUACUGGAUUGCAAGUGAGCUGGGACUGAGCAAAAAUCUUUGACAGAGUUUCUUGUGGCUCUUGUGAUUGGAGGGGGUGGAGAGAGAGAGGGAGAGUGCAAAUGCAAAUAGCUUGCUCCACAGGGCAGGUUCACAUGCUCAUCAUGGGGGGGGUGAUGUAAGGGAUCCCAUCCCCUUGCUCUCUUUCUGAAAAGAACUUCUAAUUACUUUCAAUGACUAUCAAGUUUAGAGGACUCUCCCACUGCUUGUAGGUAAGUCUUUCAGUGCCGUAUGAGUUUGGGAUUCGUGUCUCAUCUUGGAAGUCAGACAAGGGAAAUAGCUAAGCAAUUUGCUACUAUGAUUAGCACAACAGCUCACUCUCUGAUAAUUUAGUUUAGUGCAGAAGGUAGCCUGUGUGGAUUUUGUUUUCUUGUUUUCUGUGGGAAGCUAUGUUUGGGGGUGGGAGAUGUAUGGCAGAAUCCUAAUAAAUUAAAAAGUUGGUUAUUCCUAUUGGGUAAUCAGAAAGAAUAAAAACCUCACUCCAAAUAAGUACUGUAUUUAGCUAAUUAAUCUCUUUAAGCCAGGGAUGAAUCUUGGGCACAGAAGGAUGAAAUUAUUAUAAUAAUAAACUACUAUUACUAUUACCAACAUUACAAAAUUCCAAUAGUUUUCUAUUCAGCCUCCACCAAUACUUUAUCAAGCCCUGACCAAGCCUUUACCUAUGUCUUGAAGGUGCAAGAUCCCUCAGUUAGCAGAACCAUAUGCUGCAAAGUUUUGCUGAGAUGUACCAUUUCAAAUUACAAGUAAGAAUAGCAUGUUUGAACACUCUUUCAUAUAAAAAUCAUUUUGCAUAUAUAAAACAUGCAAGCUCGGGACACAAUUGCUUUUUUAAAUUCUGUUGUAAUGGAGCAAUUGAGACAAGUUUUUCCUAUUGUCUGGGGAUAGGCAAUAGCUCAGUGGUAGAGCAUCUGCUUUGCAUGCAGAAGGUUCUUGGUUCAAUCCUUGGCACCUCCAGAUAGGACUGGCAGAAAUCCUUAUCUGGAAUUCUGGAGAGCUACUGCCAGAUUCGGCUUUUGCAGUGUCAGGGAAAAUCAGUGGGCUUGUUUGGGUGAAGACUGUAGCACCUUUAAUGAAAUAGACCCACUGCAGUGUUCACCGAUAAGCUUUGGCCACAAAGAAGAUGCCAGACUCACUAAAGAAGGAACUUGAUGAAAUUGUCCAGAUUAGUAAUUUUAUCAAAUCUCAUGCUUAGAAUCCUAGGAUCUUCUCAAAAUUGCGUGAAGAAUUGGGAAGCCAACAUAAGCAGUUACUUUUACAUACAGGAGUGCAUUGGCUGUCGGGGGGCGGGAUAUUGAAGCAAUUAUUUAUGUGAUGAAGUACGACUUUCUUUGACAGAUUCAAAUUUCCAUGUGAUCAGUUGAGCAACUUUGCAUGGUUUUGUAUGCUAGCCUACUUAGCAGACAUUUUCACAUACUUGGAACAAUCUCAACAGAAACCUUCAAAGUCGUCAUGUGAAUAUUUUUUUAUGUUGAAGAUAAAAUUGAGGCAGUGAUUUUAAAAAUUACAGUUAUGGGCAAGCUGAUUAGAAGGUGGUAGCCUCACUAACAUCCCAACACUAGAGACAUUUCUAGAGGCCAGUGACGAAGAAUUGAUACCGAAAGUAAAACAUUACAUCACUGAGCACCUGCGUGAUUUAGUGACUAGCUUCAGCAAUUACAUGCACCAAAUCUGGAUUACUGCAUGAAAACCUGAAAACUUGUGGAUAAGGAAUCCUUUUGAAGGGUGAUGUACAACUAACAACUCUUAUCUGCGGAAGAGCAAGAUGCACUUGUUGACAUGACUUGUGAUGGUUCAUUGAAAUCAUUUUUCAAAGAAUGUAGACUUGACCAAUUUUGGGUGAAGGUUUUUGCUGAUUAUAAGGUGUUAGGUGGAAAAGCUUGCUUUCAGGCAUCUAGUUCCCUUUUGUUCCACAUAUCUUCGUGAACAAACAUUUUCAUUGUUUUGUUUUAUGAAGAACAAGCAUAGAAAUCGGCUUGAUGUUGAACCAGAUUUGAGAAUAAAAUUGGAAAUACAGAACCAGAUGUUGAAGGAAUUGUUUGGGACAAAAAGAGGCAUGAUUUCUCCCAUCACAUUUAGGUUUAGUGUUUUUAACAUUUUGUCGGGAGGCAUCUCUCUCUCAGCAACAGCAAGAAGAAGAAGAAUGGUUUAGAAGCUCCUAGAAAUGUCAGAAUUUGUUCACAUGUACUAAACAUUGAUAAAAUCAAAUUUGUCUCUCCCCAACUAAAUAUUUGCCAUUUUUGUGUGGAAAUAUCACAAAUUUAUGGUCUUUUUAGCAUACUUAAAAUCUUUGCUUAUUAGGAGCUACCCCACAUAUUCUUUAAAAAAUUGCUUUGCACAGGCAGCUACCAUAGAGUUAUCAAAAGUUUCAAAAGUCUCUGGCUUAGCUUUUGAAAAAUAGGGGAUCCUCAAUAAUUAGCUAAUUGGAAACCACUGUUUUAUCUGUGAAGGAAGUCGCUGACGUUUUCCUCAUACUCAAAAUUAGUAAUUGUAAUUUGUGAUUUCAGAAUCUCAAGUGAUGGCCACUGUAUUGCGGUCCUCAUGGAUUGGCUUUGGAGUUAAAUUGGAGAUUGUGACUAGUGCAAAAUGAGCUGUUUCUUCCUUUCUAAUGUACUUAGUACAUCAGGAAAGUGUGUGACUCAGCUCUUCAAAUCAAUCAAAGCAGGAGUGGAAAAUCCUUGCUGACUACCCCCUAAUCCCUAUCCCAAUCACUGCAGAACAGACUGCCCUCUUUAGAAAGCUAUGGCAUCUGAUCUUUACCAUAUGGCUUGCUUGCUUUGGUUUCUGUUUUCUUUCCAAUAUAUUGGAAGUUGGUUCUAAUCACACUUAUAAGUGGAGUGCAUCAUGCCAACUGCACCUCAGUGCUUCACAUAACAGGAUUUUAUAAUAAACAAAUGAAAGCAUUCCAUUUUUUUAGUUUGGUUCUGGUUCAGUUGCUGAUUGUAGAUGUUCCAGUUUGGUUCUGGUUCAGACCAGUAAAGAUUUAGUAUCCAGUUUAACUAGUGUUCGAAAUCUGCCAGGUGCAUUUUGUGACUUGCAUGGGUCCAAUUGUGACCACGUGGAGAUCUCUGGAUGCCAGGUUGGUGACUGACAUCUCCAUCUGGCUGACCCCUCCAGCUUUCUUAAGUAGGUAAGCAGAAUAGCUUACUUAUUGCAUUUAUAUCCCACCUUUAUCUCCAAGGAGCACAUGAUUCAUCCCCUCCUCAGUUACCCUGUGAGGCAGGUUAAGAGGCUGUGACUGACUGGUCACUGGUCACCCAGUGAGCUUCAUGACUCUGGGUAUUUGAACCCUGGUCUCCCAGGUCCUGGUCCAACAGUUUAACCACUACACCACACUGGCUUCCUAGAGUACAGUCGUACCUUGGUUGUCGCACGCCUUGGUACUCGGACGUUUUGGCUUCCGAACUGAAUGUUCCUGUUUGCGAACGUUCUUUGGAAUGGAACCCGAAUGUCCGAUGGGGCUUCAAGCCACGCUUUCUGAACGUUUUGGAAGUUGAAUGGACUUCCAGAACAGAUUCCGUUUGACUUCCGAGGUAUGACUGUACUUAAUGGGGUAAAUAAAUAUGGGGAAAGCAAAAUGCCACUUAGAGAAAAGGAUCUGAAAUAUUUUCCUUGAAGCUUGAUUUUUUAAAAAUUCUGGAUUGUUUUAUUUGAUGUUUUAAUGUGUACACUGCUUUGAGAUUUUUUUAUUUAAAAUAUAAAGCUGUAUACAGAUGAUGAUGAUAUAAAUUUCACUGCAAAAAAAAUGGCACCUAGACAUUCUGUUGUGGCAACUGUAACCAUUUAAGGUGCCAUUUGGUGAUUAGCUUUAUAUACCUGAGUUUCUAACACAUAUAAAGUACAGUAGAUCAGUUCAGGAUCAUGUCAGAAAACAAGUGUUCAUAUUAUGAUGCAGGUAAGUAAAAUGUAGAACAUAUGAUUGUGAGAAAUAUACUGAUGGAAAAUAUAUGUUUACAUUUUAAAAUAACCCACCCAUUCUCCAACUCUCAUAUACUGUCCACCUUUAUUCUGUCAACUUCCUUCUCUAUAGUUUACAGGAGUUACCUACUACCAAUCAGUUGAUGUUGUAUAAACAUCAUUGUGAGAAGUGUUGUAUUUCAUAUUUCUGAAAAAGAGAUAUUUGUAACUCAAAAAACUGGCUUAUGUGACCGCACCACACAGUCUGUUUAACUCAACUUCUCUAUUUUUUCAUGCUUAACAGUGUGCCGAUCUAAUAAAAGUCCUUGGAUCUGCCUGACUUGUUCAAGUGUCCAUUGUGGAAGGUGGGUAUAGCUACAUUUGACCCAUCCUGAAAGCGUAUUUAGGUAAAACAUGUUUUAGAAUGAGAAGACUUAGAGUGCUUCUCUUCAAUUAAAAUGACAGGUAAUCUGGGCAGUAUUUUUUUCAAAAGUCUCUUAUCUGAGAGUUUCUGAUGUUUUUUAUCGGACUGAAACCAUAAAAAGGCUGUUAAAAAUGUACAAAGGUGAAUGUAUGCUUAUUCUGUUGGAAGACUUCCAAAACCUACUGGGUAUCUGCACUUAAAAUGUGCCAAGUAAUUUAACAAUCAACAGCCCAACCUAGUUGAUACUGCUGCAGUUGUUCAUACAGUAUGCUUGUUUGAGAUGCGCUAGGCAUUAUCUUGGAAAAGGAGGCUCUUGAGAACUUGCUAUCUUUCCCCUCUUCCUUUCAGAUAUGUGAAUGGGCAUGCAAAGAAACAUUAUGAAGAGGCCCAAGUUUCAUUAGCUAAUCACAAGAAAACAGAAAAGCAAGAGAAGAUUCAACACACAGUGUGCAUGGAUUGCAGUAGUUACAGUACAUACUGGUAAGGUUUUUUAAGGCAUAUCAUCAGUUAGUAGUUGUAGUUUAUAUUUUAUGCUUUAUGCCUGUUGAGAGUGCUUCACAUUAUCUUGGCAAUACCUUCAACAGUCCUACGAGAUAGGCCAGAAUUAUCCCAAUAUAGCAGCUGGUAGGUGUACACUGAGAUGGUGGUUUAUCUCAGGCCCUGUGGUGGUAAGAACUGAACUUGGGACUUCCUAGCUUAUAACUGAUUUUCUUAACCACUACGCUAUACAAGUUGAACAAUUUCCUUGUUUUUUAUUUCUAUGUUCAUCCCAUCUUAUCUUGAGGGUUUGGGGUAAAUAAUGAAAGCAGCAACCUUCACCUGUAUGGAAUAACCUUUUGCCCAGUUCAUUUCAAUUUUCUCACCCUUUUGCAGAAAAGAUAUAUAAAGCCAAAGGCCAACUGAAAGAAGGAAUUUUUUUGCAAACCACUGUAGAGUUAAUUUAAGAAAUAAUUCAAGGAGAAACACUACCUCAGUUCAAACCGGUGUUUGAAUCAAGGUUUGCAAUUUUGUCUUGAAGGACAAAACCCAGAAAUCUGAGGCGAGGGAGCAUCCUCAUUGGAGGCGUCUUCUAGACUUGUAAAUCAGCAUUAUGAAUGUGUGAGGAGAGCCAGUGUCAUGUUCCAAUCUCAAUCAGGUCUUUGUCAAGUUUGGUUUGAGGUCUAUCUCUUACAUGAGUGCAUGUAUGCUUGCAUACAUAGCUGUCCUGAAUCUUCACAUGUCCAAAUUUUAUGGCAGUGUGAUUGCUAUCCAAACUGCCCCCCUGUUUUUGGUGAAAGCCUAAUUUGCAUAGGAUUGGUGUGGUUCUGGGACUGCUUCCACUCUUUGGGUAAUGUGUAUAUCUUCCUUACAUGGUGGGGGGCAGAUUGUGUAGUUAUGGGUCAUGCUGAUAGCAGUCAACCCUUUGUGGGUAUGACAGUGUUGCCAACAUGCUAUAUAUAGCAGCAUUCUUGGGCCUUUUCCUCUCAUGUUGUCAGUGAGAUGUUAUAAGCCUGACUUGUGAGUUAAAAGCAGCUGUCCUCUUCCCAUCCCACUCGCCUCCCUUGAGGCUACCUAUGCCCCACUUAGUAAGCUAAACAUACCCAGUUAACUCAGUCUGUCUUCAUUCAUAUGGCUUGCUUUGUAAACUUCAGGGAAGUAUUAUACUGGAUUAAAAUACCACAUAUCUGUUUAACUAUAGCCAUUAGAAGCCAACCAAAACAGAAAGGAUACCAUGCCUUGAAACCAUGUUUGGCCUCAGAAUUUGAGGAAAAUAUACAAUGAAAGAAGUUCACAGCUGUACAGCAGCCAUAGAGAAUGUCUCUUGAUGACACAGCAAAAAUGCAACUUUAAUGUUCCAGCUCUCUGAAAAGUACAGUUUAAUCUCACUUAUCCAGCUCAUUAUGCAUUCCAGCCUAACUUUUGGUCCUAAACAAAUUGGUGUGUGGAGGUGUUGAAACUAAUCCUUGUUGCCAGGGUGGUGGUGGCCAGCAAGAUGAGCAUUUCAGUAAUGUUUCUUUGUUUUUAGAAUUCCAGAUAGGUCUUUAAAGGGGAUUUUGAACCUUGUAUUUAGUAGCUGAUUUGUCGUACUUUCAUCUGCUCUUGUUUGACUUGCAGUCAUUUCUUGACUUUUUCAAGGGCUUCCAACACACAGUGCAAUUGUGGUUGUUCCCCUUUCCAGCAGAAACAGUGUGCAGAGGUGUUGGGCCCUUCCUAUAUUUAACCACUCUUUCUGCUGUGAAGCUAAGGCUAUGUACUUGGUAGUGUUAUAAUCACAGAGAAGCCAGCAGUGUAAGCAGAAACAAAAGCAGAAUUGCAGUUAGCAGGUUAGUCAUAGCUGCACUGUACCAAAACUCAAUAAAUAGCAGGAAUAUAGAUCGUGGAUGUAGUAUUAUUUCUAAUCCCAUUAUCUCACUAAAAUAGUUAAUGCUUAGCUCCAAUGUGGAGAAAAUAUUGUAUUGAGAUAUGUAAAGUUUUGUACUUUAAAUAUGCAAUCCAUUAGAAUUUGAGCUACAAAACAAUAACCUUUUUUAAAAGCAAAAGCAAUCAAGUUUCUUGUGGUACCUUCAAGACUAGCAGAUUUAUUCUGACAUAAGCUUCCAUAGGCUAGAGUUACACCAUCAGAUUCUUAUCCUGCCUUACAGAAAUGUAUACUCAUGGUAGUGGUGGCUGGGGGUAGAUGUGGAAUUGGAAGCAAAGAUAACCGAUUUCCACCUCCACCUCCGUCUACUAUAUGUGUAACUGAGGGUAACACUGAAUGCAUCUGAUGCAACGGUUUUAAUCCAUGAAAGUUUAUGCAGUAAAAAUUUGUUAGUCAUUAAGGUACCAUAUAGCUGCCUGGCUGUUUUUGCUGCAAGAGAUUAACAUGGCCUCCACUCUGGCUUUUUUAUUAUUAUUUAAGGAAUGGAAAACUGCAGAAGCAGAAGUAAAUUUUUGUGGUCAUAUUAGAUUGAAUUUUGCAGAUAACAAAUGUUGUCAAUUGAUGCUUAAUUCCACAAAACAUGUAAUCAUGAUUCAUGCAGGUAGUGAGAUCUCAUAAGGGGCAUUAUAGGGUAAGGAUGGAUAUAAGCUAAUACUGCAGGGAAGGAACAAGCAGAAAGUGAUAUCAGAUACUGGAAUGUUUCCUUGAAUUCGUGUUGAGAACCUUUUCCAUUUUAAAAAUAUACCUAUUAUAUUUUAAAAAAUCUGUUUCUGCACCCACAAAUGCUGGAUGCCUCCCUUUUUAUAAUGAAAAAGUCUCUUAAGUGACUGAAGUACUCUGUUGUAAAGAAAUCGGUUGAAGUGGCAGCAUACUGAGCAGCACAUGCCAUUGUGUUUAGUACUGCCAACUCUGGGUGUCGCCUGUAGGGCAGGCCUGCUACAUAGUGCUGAGAGUCAGUACUGAUUGUUCACGACUGAACCUCUUGCUUAGGAAUGUGACAGAUACAGAGGUUUUUUUGCACUCUUGAGCUGCUGAAGUGUAGGAGUAGUCCAGGGGUGGGAAACAUUUUCUGGCCAGGAGGGCCAGUUCUUUAUCUCCCCUAAUCCUGGUGGGCCAAAGUUGACAGGUGAAUGAUGCUUCCCUUUGAAGCCCUGAUUGUGAGAGUGCAGCUUCAAACAUUUUCUUCUUCAAAAAGGCUGCUGCUUGUCCACUGUGAGAACAGAAUGCUGGACUGGUGGGGACAUUGGCCUAUUCCAGAAGGCUUUUCUUAUGUUCUUAAGUUAUGUAAACCUGCAGCCAAGUGGCUCUAUGAAGCAGUUUCCCCUCCUGUAAAGAUCUCUCUAGUGAUGCGUAAAGGUGGGGAGAGAGACAACUUCAGAAAGUAGUUUGGCAAGCCACUUUAAGACAGUCACUGCUGUCUGAGCAAAUAGGAGCAGAAGAGCUGUCUUAAAGCCUUUGGAAAAGCCUCAUUGAAGUAGCUCCUGCGGGCUGAUAGGCAGGAUUAAAUCCUGCUGGUUUGGCUGCAGGAUCUUGUUCCCUGCUGGAAACAGGAUCAAACAGCGAGUGUUCGAAACUUCAUUGUUCUAGGUGCAUUUUGCAACAGGGAAUUUAAUUAGUGUGAGCAGUUUCUGAGCUCUGGGCGCAGUACUGUGCCUAAAAUUUCAGAUUAAAAUUGCAGAGUAGAAGGAAAGGAGGACCUUUUUCUGCCUCCCCACUUCCAGCUACUUUCUGAAGACUGGAGAAGAGACCCUCUUAAGUAUAGUAGGGGGUGGGUGGGCAGGGGAAGGAAUAGACCAUUUGAAAAAUGAACAUAAUAUUUUAGUUGCAGUUCGUUCAUUUUCAGCUUUGUAUUCUUGUUAUUUAAAAAAUGUGCCUAGACAUUCCAUUGUUGCGCCCAUAACAUAGGCUUAAGGUGCUGUUUAGCUCCUAGCUUUCAUAUCUCUGUUUCUAACACUGCACACAGCCAGUGUAGGAUUAAACCCUAUCCUCUCUCUCAUCCACUGACAUUAUCAGUGAUGUCCUCUGAUAGACAGGGGUGUGUGGUUUGAGGAAAAUGUCAUUGAGGACCAAAUUGGAUCCACCCUUGGAGCAGUCACUUUUAGUUAAGAGGAAAUACAUACUUUGAACUUGUAUUGAUCUUCUUAAUACAGUGGUACCUCUGGAUGCGAACGGGAUCCGUUCCGGAGCCCUGUUCGCACCCUGAAGCGAACGCAACUCGUGUCUGUGCAUGCGCGGGUCACGAUUCACCGCUUCCGCGCAUGCGCGUGACGUCAUUUUGAGGGUCUGCACAUGUGUGAGCGGUGAAACCCGGAAGUAACGCACUCCGUUACUUCCAGGUCACCACGGAAUGCAACCCGAAAAUGCUCAACCCGAAGCUACUUCAACCCGAGGUAUGACUGUAACAAAUUCUGGUAGUGAGUGUUGAAAGUAUUGGCAUGCUUGAGGGAGCUUCCCCCCCCAAAGAAACCCCCAAAUCUAAGGAGAAACCCCCACAACAAUCCCUAAAUAGCCUAGUCAUAUGGCAAACAGGGAUGGGGAAUGGAAGAGUGCCUUCUUGAUCUCCAUGCAGCUUAUUGUAUCAUGGAAGUGGGCACAGCUGGCUGAUAGGAACUGUGAAUAGGAAAACUGCUUCUGCUAUGCGGGUCAGGCUACAUCUCCCCCCUCCCCUGUAGGACCCACUUGCUUGCUUCCUUUUUCAAUGCAGUCUGCUUAGAUCAUAAGGGCAAGACCUCUGUACCUCUUCAUCUGAAAGGAGGUAGUGAAUACAGUUUGCAUUUUAGUUCUCUUAGCACCUAACUUUUUGCUGUUUAGUUCAAGAAACCCAUAUUUGCUCAAGGUGGUAUGGCUGUGCUAAAGUCUGUCCAUUUGCUGAUUAAUGUGUUCUUACUGCAGUUAUCGCUGUGAUGACUUCGUAGUCAAUGAUACCAAGCUUGGCCUGGUACAGAAAGUCCGAGAGCACCUCCAAAAUUUGGAAAAGUAAGCUAUAUACUUAUAUGUGUCUUUCUGAAAGUGGAUGUUCCUCGUUUAGCAUUGUGAUGCCAUUCCUUUUUAGUAGUUUGUCCUUUGUAUGUGAAAGGACAGCAUGGGUGCAUGCUGAAAAUCUAGAGGCACGCUAAUUGACAUGGAACAAAAUCCACUGGGAAAUUCUCCUGUGUAGGCUUCACUGUAAUAAAUAGGAGCUGUGCAAGAGCACACUGUGGUUUUGUAUAGUUGCUGUUUAUUUCUGUGAGACUUGCAUAGCAGAACUUCCUGGUGUACUGUAUCCAUACGUGGGUUGGCCCUCCCCUGUGCUGCAUUAGUGAUGCCAAACACCUGUCACCACAAUGGGCUUAAACUGCAAAAGCCUGCUGCUGGCCUGGAGUCCAUUGAUGGAAGUCUGUUGGUUCCAGAUGUAGCAUACUUUCAGUUGUCUACUUUGGCAAGCUUAAGUUUCAUGUUUAGAACAAUGCUUGUAUGAGCAGAGAUGGACUCUUGUGCGGAUACUCUACCAAGUAGCCUUUGAUCAAGAAAGUGGAGUUCGUUAUUUUAGAUCAUAAAUUUUAGUUCUAAUUAGGGCAUGCUCAAGGGUGUCUGCUGUAGCAUAACCUAAUCAGAUUAAUUUGGGUAUUUUAUAAUUGCAUGCUAUUGAAAAUAGAAUAGAUUUGAGUGUGUGCUCUGAAAUUAUUUUAAGAUGACUUUUUUGUAUUAUAACUUCUAUAACCAAUGAUCAGUCUCACUGUUGUAUGUAAAGGAAUCAUUGCAAAUGUGACUAUGCAGUUGUCAAGACAUUGUGGCCAAGAUUAUCUUUGGUAUGUUUUCUUUAGAUUUCUUAAUAUGUCUUAACCAAUUUAUUCAUUACUACAGUUCAGCUUUUGCGGCAGACCGACAGAGGAAAAGAAAACUUCUGGAAGACUCUUCCCUAAACAGCAAAUUGUUAAAAAUAAAUGUAGGUACAACAUAAUUUUGGAGCAGAUUUCAUUAAUCAGUGGAGCUCAUUUAGUAAAUGUCUUGGGCUGUUAGCAUACCUUUCUAAUAUACUCUUGCCUGCUGGUUCUUGAGUGACACUCCAGUGUUGGUGGUGCACACACAAUUGUGUAUUGAAAUAGGCUCAUUACCUUGUCUAGUUUUAAAUACCAAAGCCUCCAAACAGGUCACUAUUCUGACUGCCCAAAAUAUUUUUAAUUUGAAGCAAGUCUUAUUCUUUAGGGUACCUGAUCUUGAGCUCCAUUCUGUUCUGGGCAUGUGGAGACAAGGAUGACAAUCUUUUUUCUAUCAAAGGUCAUUGACUCACCAGGUGGCCAGUCAAUUAACAGAGACCCCAGUUGAUUUUUUUCUUGUGAAUUAACGACCUGUGGGGGUCUUUUUAAAAGUCUCCCUCCCUCCCUCCCUCCCUCCCUCCCUCCCAACUCCAAGAUUUCUUAAUGCUGCAGGCUAGAGUAGAACUGUGGCAGUCUUCAUGUCUUUGCUGGUGCUCAUACUUGCCCAAACAGGGCAGAUGAAAUCCUUCAUGCACUGCCUCCUUCUUGCUAGUCACGGAGAAGAGAGGGAACAGCUUUCUUGUCCCAGCUGCUUGCAAAAGCAGUAGAAACACCAAGUGCAUGUGAUCCUGCUGAUAAGGGGAAGGGAAUGCAAGAACCAUUACAGUAUCUUCUCACUGCUGCUGUCACUGUCGUGGCUUCUUUGCUGGGCCUUGCACUUGCCUGUGCAAUUGGGCACUGUGCCUCUGCCUGCUCAGGGAGGCUAGAGCAGGCUGUGGUGUCUGAUAAGGCCUGGAGAGCCCUUUGGACUGGUUGCAACUUGGCUGCAAGUUUCCCAGACAUGGCCUGGAGGAAAGCUGGGUUCAGCAUCUAUUCACUCAUUCAUUCUAAAAUUCUGCCCUGCAUAAUUUCCUAAAGGAACCCAAGCUAGCUAAGAGAUCAAAUGACAAGACAAAUAACAAAUAAAAUAAUUCCAUGCUUUUAGCAUAAAGCUCCCCCAUGUGACCUUGAACAGCAUAUCCUGCUCUCAACCUAGCCUACGUUACAUGCAGAAUCAAAAAUAUUAAUAAAGAAUAAAUACUAUUUUGCUUGCAAAGUGGACCUAAUAAGAGAAGUAUUAUUAUUAAUUUAUUAUAUUAUGUAUUAUCUUAUUUAUUUAUUUAUUAUCUGGGUCACUGGUGGUCUCAGCCCAGCCAGAAUUAGGUGUGAAAAUUUGGGUGCUUUGUUCCUCUGGUGGGCACACAGCUGUUCCACUUGUGCAAUUUGUGACAGCCCUUUCACAAGCUGUGUUAAAGCUUUGUGGGUUUGGCUUGAAUCUAUUGUUCUGUGUGUUCUGAAUUCUGUGUGGCAUACUCUCAUUGGAUGAGAGUAUUUAUAUGUAAUACUUUUAAAACUUGAUGUAGGCAUGUAGCCCUCUGUUUCAAAGAAAGCAGGUGGAUGGAAGAUUAUGUAUAGCCUAUUGUAAGAUGACUCGUUUGCCUUGAUGUCUCUGGUUCACAGGGAAGCACCACAGCCCUGUGUGCUACAGGCCUUCGGAAUCUGGGUAACACAUGUUUCAUGAAUGCGAUUCUUCAGUCACUCAGGUACUCAUUGCUUUAAUUUUAAAAAUCCCACUUCUGUAAUUGGCUUCUAGGCUAAGUGUUAUUGUGCACCCUGUGAUGUAUUGAGAGAGUAGGACAUUUCACUGAGGCUAAAAUAUGUGCAUCUGAAGGGUCUCUCUACACCCAUAAGAGCAAGUUUUGCAGCUCCAUUUAUGUCAGUUUGCAUUCCCACCAGUGGCAUAUCUAAAACUGACAAAACCCUGUAAUAUAUUUGCAAAUAAAACUUCCUGUGAUGUUUGAAAAGAGGAUCUGUAAGACCGACCUCUUACUGUGCAGUUCAAUUUCAAGUGUGUUAACAUGCAGGUAUUUGAGAGGCAAUUGCAGAAUGUUCAAGUUACAUCUGUGUGCGCGCUUUAUAGCUGCCCUACAGCUAUUCAUUGCUGGGUUACAAAGAAAACAGUUAAAUCCUUUGGUUUCUUUUCUGUCCCUCUUGGUACAUAUUUCUGGUUCACAUCUCUUUCUUUCAACAGUAACAUUCAGCAGUUCUGUUGCUACUUCAAAGAAUUGCCGGCUGUGGAGCUUCGGAAUGGGAAGACUGCAGGCCGGAGAACUUACCAUACUCGAAGCCAAGGGGAUAACAGCAUGUAAGUCUAAACACAGUGUGUAUACCUAUAUACAUAUAUAUAUAUAUAUAUAUAUAUAUAUAUAUAUAUAUAUAUAUAUACAAACAGCACACAUAGUGUUUAUCUGUAUCCUUCCAUAAAACUAUAGAGUUGGAAGGGACCCCGGAUCAUCUAGCUCAACCACACAGCACACAAGAAUAUGUGCUGGUGAUCAAAAUGGGGAUCAAAACCUGCAGCCUUGGCAUUAACAGCAGCAUGCCCGAACUACUAAGCUAUUUCCACCUGUAGCACAGGAAGUGAGACGUUAUACUAUGUGGGUACCAGUAAUACCCUGUGUAUUGGCAUAAUAAGUACCAUGCUCUAACCACUGAGCUAUCCAGCCUGUAAUGCUGGGGUGUGUGGUUGUUCCAUAUGGUUGUUCCAUCUGCAUCUUGCAAAGGAUCCUAGAAUUGUAGAGUUGGAAGGGACCACAAGGGUCAUCUGGUCUAAUCCCCUGCUAUGCAGGAAACAAUGUUCGGUAGAUUUAUUGCUUUACUGUUCGGCGCCCAGCCACGCUUCCCCUGCGAGCCUCUGUAGCUUCUGUUUACGCAGUGUGGCUUUCGAGCGGUCGUAAAGCCAUUAGCAGAAUUACACAGCGGUGUGUGUCGAAAGAGCAGUAAACAAGUCCCACACGUUUCUUCUGUCCUAAUAUCCCUUUAUUUGCUCAAAAGUAGCAUAUUUACAAUCAAUAACAGCCAUCAGAUUCAAGCUGCAUCUUCUCCCUCUGUUUGCAGCUACGCAACAAACUGCUUUCGCUUUUCACUCAGCUCACAGCAUUCCAAGCUGCUUUCGUCGCGUCCUGGCGUACUUCCCUUGUAUGCGCCUCCUCUCAGGCUUGAGGCACAGAAGGUUAACCCUUCACUACACCCAACAAACAACUUUUUGCCCAAUGUGGGACUUGAACCCACAACCCUGAGAUUAAGAGUCUCAUACGAUGCUGACUGAGCUAUCCAGCCACACGUGCUAUCACCAUCCGGGGAUCCGCCACUGCUCCAAGUCCCAAGCCCCAUGCAGGGAAUAAAUCAGCACACCUGGCUUUGUCCAGUGAGCUAUGCUGACUAAAGGGAGCGCCUUCUAUACCAGCGCAUAAACUCAUGCAGUCCCUAUUCACGCUUAAAUGCAAACGUUUUAACUAUGCAUGCAUCCCAUGUCUUAAAGGCCCCAGCAUUUCUUAAAAGGCUCACGUGAACUUCACCUAUAGACCCAAUAUACUAAUAAAUACAUGCAAACCCCACUCAUGCUGAGAAUCAGGCGUUACCAACCAUACGUGCAUCCAGUGCCUUAAGAGUCCCAUGAGAUGCUGCUUCAAAACAUGGCAGACAAAAUGUAAACCCUGAAAUUCCAAAUCUGAGAUCUACAGGCAGCCACACAGAUGGAGCAUUUUGAGAAUCGGGCACAAGUGCUUCCACAACUAGGGCAGACCUACUGCUGGCAUUACGGAAAGCACUAGUCAUAAUAUGGUGCUGUACUUACCCCCCCCCCAACCAAGAUCCAGCAGUGUGGCCACAUGCACGCAAAAUGGCGCCUGCCACAUGCGAGCAGCAAAGCUUGAGAGGGGCAACUCCAGUGAUCGGGCCCGUUGCCUGGGCGCUCCUCCGAAAAUGUGACCAACUGCGGGCUAAAGCGCUGGCGUGUCCCUGUGCACUUCCAACCCUUCCAAGGGUUAAAGGACUCCGGUGCUCCGCCACACCUGGGAACUUCAGCUGACGCCAGUGCUUGGCUCGGAUGAGCUGUGCCUUGCUGCCAGUGCUCCUCUGCACUUGGGGGUCUCCUCUGACUCCAGUGCUUUUACCCAAUUGUCCCAUGACGCUCCUCUCGCUGUGUCUUCUUAGUCUUCUUCCGAUGACGCUCUGGGGACAACUGUGCUGCCGGUAUCAGUUCCGAUCCCCUUUUCUACUUUUGGACUGCUCAGAUGCAGUCCUCUCCUCCUCCCCUGCCCCCCAAGCCGCUGCAGAUAGGGCAAAUUUGAAUUUGGCGGAAACCCAGCAAGUACCGUGGUGACCAAGGGGUGGAGCGGUGUGGCUUUGAGAGGAUGGCGGGGCCGGGCGCCAGGCCCCAAACCUUGCCCACCUCCAGACCCAGUGAGCAGUCUGUAUCCUCAUCAGUUAUUUAUACUCUUGGUUGUUAAUAUUUUCUGGUGUAUAGAAUACAGUUCAUGGUGUUGCUGCCCUGUGAAAUUGGCACUGUUAAUUCUGCUACCUGCAUGUAUAAGAUGGGGAACCCUUUGUGACCAAGUGCAUGAUUUCACUCAAGAGCCAAAAACUUGUAUCAGCAUCUAAUUUGAAUUUGGGACACAUGACAAGCCAUUUAUGUGGAGUUUCAAGAAAGAACAUAGAGAUCUUCUAGAUGGUGGACUUCUCAGAGAACAUAUGGGAUUGGGUGGCUAGUUAAAUAUAGGAAAAAACAAAACACAUAACAUGGAGCAAGCGGGAGCAACAGAGGUGCCAACUUGUGAGGGAGAUGGUGGGCCAAGGUUGUGUGUGGGAUCGAUUCAUGAUGCUGGAGGAGGUAGGAAUGCGGCGGCAGCAUGGCAUCAAUGGCUGCUGACUCCUCCUCCUUCUGCCACCACCGUCUCGGAGCUGCUUCUCCUCUCCUUCCCCUCUGUGGCAGCAGGAGGAGAAGGAGUUGGCCACUGAAGGUACGCCGUGCUUGGCCUUGAUUUUUCAGAACAUUGUGGGGCACCCCCCAAAAAUAUUGGGGUGUCCAAAAGGAUUGGGUCCCCAGGAGUUGGCACCCUUGGAGAGGAAGAUGGUUCACUGUGUAUUCUUGGCACUGGAAAUUCAACCCAAACCAGCAAAAAGAGAACCCUUCUCAUGCAGAUUAAUCUAGCUGUGGUGGAAAGAUUUAAGGGCAAAUUACAAGAAGAACGGUACGCUUCUUCUAUCUGGGAUGGUCAUCCUCUUCCACUGGGUGUGCAGUUUUGGGAGGGACGCACAUGGAGUGGUGAGGGACACCUGCCUAGCCAACCAGAACAACCGAGUCAACCCUGGCAAUCAAUGGGGUGACAGAUGUCUUAGCCAGAUCACCCUCACAUCCGAUAUAAAUGGACCCUUGAGCACCAUGAACUAGAGAAAACCUGUGUUUUCAAAUAUAUUGGAGUCUUUUUCAGUGAAACAGUGACUUGGAGGUGGCACACCAAGGUGAUGAAAAUCAGAACGUAGAGAGUGACCAGGGCUCUGAAGAAGUUUUACUUCAUAAAGGGCAGGAAACAGUUUGAUCCCACGCUGAAAGUAUUUGGCAGUAAAGUGAUCCCUCAAAUGCUUUAUGGAGUCAAAAACUGGGGUGAGGAUGAGAGUGCUAUUAAGGGGUUAGAAACGGUACAAAACCAGUUUCUCAAAAGAUUAUUUUCCCUGCUCAAGGGAACAGCAGUUGCACUCUUAUGUACAUAAGCUGGAUGGACAACGUUAAGUGCAAGAGCGGACUGUACCAGAUUUAAUUACCUGAAAAAACUCCUCCAUGCCAUGCGAGCGCUUGCCAGCCUUGUACUAUGUGGAAUUGGAGAACAGCCAAUGGUGGAAAUCUAACAACCAAUGUAACUUGAAUUCUUAUUAUUUCCAUGAGCUAGAGGAGAUUAUAUCCACAGACAAACGUCAAUUAAGGGAUUGGUGUCAUUGGACAGAAUCACUACGCAAUCUGCAAGUGAUCAAAUCCUCUAAAUGUUCUCCCUGGUUCCCCCUUCUAAAAACAGUCCCUUUUAGAGCCAGUCCCCUGCUGAAUCUCUGGCCAGCCUCACUAAGAAUCACUUUUAUCGAGCUGCAUUUUCAAGCUAUGCCCUUUGCCCUCUUGGAUGGACAAUACCACAGGGUAUACUGUACAAAGACAGACUCUGUAUGUGGGCAACUGCAGGUGGACAACAUCUUGCACUAUUUACUAUAUUGCCCGCUAUACACUGGUCCUAGGAGGCGAUUUCUCACCCAACCACCUGUACAAGAAAGCUGUCUCUCCCUUCUACAGCUUCUUAGUGAUGCAAACACUUCAGUGACUCGCAAAGUUGCCCUUUUUGCUCUGGUGGCCAAAAAGAGCAGAAAGAAGACCCUGGACAAUAUAGCGUUGAACCGUAAGGGUGACAGAGAGAUCUAAACAGAGACUAUUAUUUGUGGUGAAGCAUCCUUUUAUUUGUGUAUUUAUUUUUGAUUCAAAUUUGUUAUGGCCAAUGGCUAGAACAAUAAAGUUAUUUGGAUUGGAUUACAAAAAGAAUUUGAUGUAAUCCACAGCUAUCAUGAAUGGUCUUAGAGGAGUCUAAUAAUCUCUGUGGGGUUAGGAAUGUCUUCCCGCAGUGCCAGGAAAUGUGAGCUGCUGCCCUCACCACUGAGGAGCAGAAAGUGGUGUCUAUAGAUGUGGUCUCUCUCUCUCUUGCCACCUGAUUGAAAAUUCCCCGUUCUACCCAGUAACCUGAGAUGGUCAGGAAAGCCCUACAUUCAGCUAAACAUGACACAGCCUGGUUUGUUAGCUAACUUUCUCUCCAGAAGAGAUUCGAGCCCUGAAAAGACUCAGUCAAAUCACAUUCGUAGUCUCAUUUUUCCAUCUGUGAAUUGAGAAUAACACUACUUUGUUUGUAGGUCAUGACUUAAAAUUCGGCUGGCAUGCAUGUUUUUAGUAUGGGAAGGUGAAUAUUUAUAAAAGUUAUAUGAACCAUAUUCUUAGGAAGAAUCUGUAUAGAGUUUGGGAGAAAUAUAAAAAUCUGCUGGAAAGGAAAACACUUUUAUGGCCAUCUCCUAUCGAGUCUAUUAAAAUUAAGAGAAUUAAUAUGGAUAGACAGUGCACACUUUACAGGGGGGGAAUGACCUAAUCAAUAGAAAAUGUAAGGAGCCAUGUUACAGAUUGAUUACAAUACCAUCAGGUAUUUUUUAACCCAUUUAAAACAUUUUUAUUAAAGAUUUCUUGGUUUACAAAAGUAUGUGCAAUGUCUCUUUUUUCAAGUUACCUUUUCUACAGAUCAGUUUCAUUUGUUGAGACAUUAGUGUUACAUUAGGAAGAAAAGGGGGAGGGGGCCAUGGUGAGUGGGGGUGGGGUUGAGUGGCAAUGCUUCUAUUAAAAACUUUCAAUUUUCUUCCACAGUUCAUUGGUAGAAGAGUUUCGGAAGACUCUGUGUGCUUUGUGGCAAGGGAGUCAAACAGCGUUUAGCCCUGAAUCAUUGUUUUAUGUUGUUUGGAAAAUCAUGCCAAACUUUAGGUAAGUCCUAUAAGAAAAGGAGGAAUGCUGUUAGCAACUCAGUGACUCUCCAGAACGAUGGCAUUUUGUUGUCCCUGAAUGCAGUGUUACCUUGCUCUGAGAGCUUCUAGCUCUGUAGGAAUAAUGCCCACCGUGUGCCAGCAGGCUCUUAUUCUUCCAGUAUACAGAGGAAGCAGUGUUAGUGGUUUUUGAGUGUUUUUGUUGUAUUUGAGGUCUAACAGGGCUAAGUCAUUCCAAGUUCUUAGUCUGUGCAACAUGGCUUAAGUACCUGACAGAACCCAAACCUUUGCUUUUGGCAAGGACUGUGCUUAAAAAUGUACAGCUCUAGCAGGUUCAAGCAAACAUACUGGGCAAAACUUCCUUGAUUCUCUCAAUAUUGAAUUCGUUUCUGUCAUUGUAGUUAUAAAUAAGUGCUGCAAAGAGAAUAAAUCUAUGUGCAAUAGGCGUUUUGCACCCAGGCUGUCAAAAAGAACAGUUCACACAAGUAAAUCCAAGUGUCAUUCCUCUCCAAGGUCUCCCUGUCCUGGCCCCUGAACCUCUUUCAAAGGAGCACUGAACCCUAUUAGGAUUAAUUGUGCAGAAGGUAAGUUGCUCCAUAUUUUCAGGUAGUAAAGAUGUUCUGUUGAUGUAUUAAUGCCUCUAGCAGUGCUGAAAAGAUGCUCUGAAUGCACAACCAGAGCCUGUGAAGUGAGAAGCCCAGGCCAUUCCUUUCCCUCUUCCAGUAACUGUGUGUCUAUCCCUGGCUGAUGAGAAUCAAGGAAGUUUAGCACCAGUAGUUUCAGGCAAUGGGCAAAAGUCAUAAUCGUGCUUCCUACAAUACUUUUGGCCAGUUAUCCUCCUCAACAGUUGUUUGAAGUCAAAGCAAGAGCUCUGCUCCCUAAGUUGGCUCCAGCAGAUUUUCAGCACUGUGGGUUUGUUUGCUUUUAACAGAAAGGGAUGUUAAUGACAAUAAAUAUAUUAUGGCACUCGAAUGCAUUUCAUCAGAUGGAGGAAAUGUUAUCCUUGGUUGGCAUUGCAGGUAUCUGUAUACCCAUGGGAAUCAGAGAGUGAAAAAAGUAGACAGUGAGAUCAGAGGGAAAAAAAUUUGAAAAAAUACAUGGACAAUUACAUAAAGUUUAAAUGUGUGAAAAAUAACCAAUAUUCAUAAAGCAUUUUGGCAUUGCUAAGCUAAUAUAAUAUGGGGGGACGGGACACCCUGCCAUAGUCUGUCUUUUUUGCAUCUUGUUUCCCUCCGGUCUCUUGUUUGUUUCUUCUUUGCACUCAUUGCCAACUGAGACUAUUACUUCACGCAUCUGAGGAGCUGGACUCUCAUGUCUGUUACAUCUUUAAGGCGCCAUGAGACUUCAUUUUUGCUCUGAUAGACUAACAUAGCUCCCCCUUUCUAAAAGAGUGUUGCUGUUGCUCCAGCUCUGUGCUGAUUCAAGCAUGUGACUGCACUGAAGAGUCUUGUUUCUGAAGCAAUCUCAGAGAAGGGCUCUGCUUGUGUAGUGAUGGAUCUACAAUUCUGUCUCUUCCUCCCGCCCCCAACAGUAUUCUUAACAUGUGCAAGUCAUCAUUAGAUGCUCUGUGCUUGAACCCGCCUUGAGUUAGGCUGAGAGAAAGGCUGUUUCUUUCUUGGAGACUUUACAAAUAUUUCCCUGUUGAGAAAAUAUGAACAAUAUGGACCAAACCUUUUCAGGUGGCUUUGUUUGGCAUACUCAUUUGAGAAAGUGUAUGCUUGGAAGGCUUUUCGUGAGCAGUUUUAAGUUUGUUUCCCAUUUUUCAAACUGUGGGUGAAUCCAGCUCGGGCCCAGGUUUCACUGUCCUCUGGCCUCGCUUCCCAGUCUGAAAAAAAGAACUCGGAGGAAAACUAUAAAAUCCUUAGUGAGAUUGUCUUGAUUAGGAAUGUUAUCGAUUCCAGAUAAUUUUGUGUACUUAAUAGCACAUAUAAUACCUUCUUUGCCAAGAAAUAUAAUUGUAUAAAAUCCUGUAGUGGACUGUAAACACUGACAUUGCUUAGAAGCUUUGGUUUUGUACAAAUUUCAGGUGAAUCUGGUGUGCCAUUUGUUUGUUUAACCAAUUUAUAGACUGUCUAAUAUAUAUAUUUAAAAGCUUCUAAGUAGUUUUACAAAGUAGAAGUUAUAAAAUCAAAAGACUACAGCAGAAAGUAAAACGAAAUACAUGCCGUCAAUAAAAAUCCAGUCAAAACCCUGAAAUAAAAUGCUGAGCAAUGCAGUCUAAAAAUGUAAUUAUAUAUUUGCUGUGAUUAGAAAGCUAAACGGUAAUUUUUUUGUUUUCUCUAUUGGUUUCUUGUAUCCCUGGGUAAAUUUAAAAAUGGAUUCAUAUUGUGCACCAGGAAAUGACCCAUCUAGACAAUGAGAGGCUUCUCUACACAUUUUUAUCAACACAUUUAUUUUAUUUUCCAUUCCUUCUCCUACCUAGGUUUCAGUGUCUUUUUCUCCUUCCCCCAAGUCAGUCCUCAUUUUGCUGUUCUGAUUUUUGUUUUGUUUUGUGGUACUUCUGCCAACCUUGGGGAUACUCCAAAAUGUACUGAUACGUCUCUGUUUUGUGUCUGGUGGUGCUGUUCUGACUCCAUAAGUGCAUUAAUUUUCCCACUGAAUGCUGGGAAUGGGACACACAAUAAGUAGCAAGCAUUCUCUAGAAUUGGGUGGAUGCACUGGAUACUGUGCUGAAAGCAUAACCCCAGUUUUGCUGCAUGAUUACAGCAGCAGCCAUGAAAUGGCAUCCAGUUGUAGUUAGAGCACACAAGAGGCAAGAGAGCAGUAAGGAUAUUACUAUUAUAGGCAGGUAGAUGCCACAGCUAAUGUCCACAUACAGGGGAUGUACACCAUUCAGUUGAUUAUUUUUUGUUUUGUUUUCCUAUAUCUCAGUCGGGCAACCCACAGACCCCAUAGCACACCCACUGAACCGCUCUCCCUAUUUCUUCCUGUCAGUCCUUUUUCGGCUCAUGCUGGCUAUGGGUGCUACAGAGCUGGCUGCCAUGUUUUCUUAUAUUAAUGUGCAUGGGCACAGGGGUGUAGGAAGGGGAGCGGGGGGCGGUCUGCCCCGGGUGCCAUCUCUGAGGGAGGUGACAAAAAGGCACCCUGUGUGGGCACACUUGUCAGCCUGGGCACUUUCAUGAGGAAACAUUGCUGCUGGUCCUGGAGAAGCAGGCAGGAGAUCCAUGAAUAGGUGGAUUCCCAAAGUGGCAGCUGUUGCGAUGGGGUGCUGGUGGUAGCCAGAUCUCAUUCCCCAACUUCAGUGUGUGCUUGGUUUACUUUUGAAAUAAAAUAUGUUCCCUUGUGUUAGGGCUACAGUACAAUAUAAGUUCAUAUUGCAGAACAUUUGCAAUGCCUGCAGUGUGUUCAUUUUAGAGUUGUUUUCACAGGGUUUUUAAAAUAUAUAAAUGUCCCAUCCUCUGUCUUGAAAAUAAACCAUCUAGAUAAAGUAAAUUGCACUACAAGUACAAAACUCCCACCGCCUUCACAACCAUGCCACAUUGGCAUAUUUCAAAAUGUGUUUCGCAUUGCUGGAUUUUCUUUCAGCUCCAAAUGAGUUUUGCAUUUGAGCUAUUGUAGGGAAGCUUGUUGGCCUUUUGUUUGGUUGUAAAACUACAGGGCCAUAUAUCUAUCUGUCACAGUGGCAAGAAUGAUCACUCUGAGCCUUUUUUUAUUAUAAAGUGAUACAUCCAAUGUAAUUGAAAUUUCCUGGUUUGUAAGCCAUGCCAUGUAAUGUGAAUUAUGUACCAAUGUAAGUAAGCAGUCUGUAUAUUCAUUGAUAUGUUUGUGUUAAGGGGCUACCAGCAGCAAGAUGCCCAUGAAUUCAUGCGUUACCUUUUGGACCAUCUGCACUUGGAACUCCAAGGAGGCUUCAAUGGUGUUUCCCGCUCAGUCAUCUUGCAAGAGAAUUCGGGUCUUUCUGGUGGCAGUAGAUGCUGCAUGUAAGAAGAGAGGUUUUUAAUCUGGUUUUCUCAAACCAUAAUAUCUGAAUUGUAGGGCAGAAAAUGCAAAUUAUGUAGUUUCUAGACAACAAAGAUUGGGAGUGGCCUUUGGCAAAAGUUUGUCAGAAAAAUGCUCACACAGGUUGGGAGCAGCUGGCUUUGGCUUGCAGCCUCUGAUCAUGCUGAAGGCAGACUCCUGGGAGAUGACAUAUUAUCCUCAAUGGAUAAUUAUUUCCCACCGCAGCUGAUGCACUUUAUUGGUGGGGCAAGCAGAAAUUCCUGGAAAGUAGCCCGGCAUCCCAACCCCCCCCCCCCAAUAACCAUGUGGCAUUUUUCUGCGUCAUGUCCAGUUCCCUCACAUUGCCCUUUGUAUGCCAGGAGGUGAGGUGACACAUGGGGAGUAUGUCCCUUGGAAACAUGGACCUCACGUGCCAAGUAGAUGAAGUGGGAGAGUGGCCAGUUAAAUGGAAGCAUCCUCAUCUGCUGAAGUGGUGCUUCCAUGCCUCAGCAAUGUGUCUGCCUUUGAGGGAUAGGUUGAAGGGAAGUAGAAAGGUUGAGCUUUAGGGUUCAGCCUUUUGAAAGUAUAGGACAUGGGUGCAGUAGCCCUCUCCAGCCCUCUCCUGAUCCUAGAGGUAGAACAGAGCCAUCAUCAAUAACUAGUUGCCAUUGGUAGCCUUAUGUCCUUCCUCAAAUUUCUUUAAUCAUCCUUUAAAUUCAUCCAAGUUGGUCGCCAUCACCACAUCUUGCUGGAGUUAAUUCCAUAGCGUAACUAUGCACUCUGUGUGUGGAAAAAGUACUUUUUUUUUUCUGUCCUGAGUCUUCCAGCAUUCAACUUCAUCGGGUGUUCCUGGGUUCUGCUGCUAUGAGAGAAGGAGAAAAAUGUUUUUGUACAGUAUACUCCUUCUCAACCACAACUGGUGCUUCUUCAUUUAUUUAUCGGGAUACUUUUUGCCACUUGGACAGAGCAUAACAUUUAUGUUGUAUUUGGGGCAAUAUUAGUAGCUCCAUUUCUGAAUGUAAGCACCUCUCCAUAUCUGUUCUAAGAAACUUAGAUGACCUAAAGGAUGUUUUCAGCAUGGCUAGGGUCCUCUUGGUGGUAGUUGAAUGAGACCAACUGUGCAGUGCUGACCCUUUUCUCCUUGUAAUGUUAUCUUCAGAAAUGGCACGUCCACUGUUGUCACAGCCAUCUUUGGAGGCAUUCUGCAGAAUGAAGUCAACUGCUUGAUAUGUGGGACUGAAUCCAGAAAGUUUGAUCCAUUCCUAGGUAAACCAUGCAUCUUGAAAGUUUUAUGAGCAGAUGCUAUGUUUUUGACAUUAAAAACUAAUUUUGAAAUUGCCUUCUUUAGACCUUUCGCUAGAUAUUCCAAGUCACUUCCGAAAUAAACGUAAGAACCAAGAAAAUGGACCAAUGUGUACAUUACCAGGUAGGUGGUGGUGUUUUUUUAAACCCUUGCCAUCUGCAUAUAUCAAUUGCCUUUUUUGCCUCUUUCAUCAGUAUUUUUAUUUAGAUCACUAGAGGGAUGAGUCAAAAAGCAGAGGAAAUGACUUUAAUCAUGUCAAUUCAAUUGUUCUAGAUUGUCUUCGCAGUUUUACAGACCUGGAAGAACUUGAUGAAACAGAGCUCUAUAUGUGCCACAAAUGUAAAAAGAAGCAGAAGUCCACCAAGAAAUUUUGGAUCCAGAAACUACCAAAGGUGAGAUCUAGGAGUUGAAAUUUGUAAAAGAUUAUGGAUCUCAGCCUUCUGCAAACUGGUGCCUCCCAUAUAAUUUGGGCUACAGCUCCCUAUUUGCCUCAGCCAGCACAGCUGGGUUUAGAGAUGAGCAGAAACGACUUACCUGAUAAUAAGCAACACUCAAGAUAGAACAGACUCAGACAAGAGGAAUUAUUUAAAAAUUAGGAAUCAAGGGACUGGAGUUUUAAAGGAAGGGUCUUAGUGAGAGAGUGAUUUUGACUGGCAUAAGGAGAUGUUCAUAUCACAAGCAACCCCCCCCCAAAAAAAAACCCAGCCACCACUCUUCCAGUGUUACUGCUGCUAAGAGAAUGAACUAGCAGAGGGAAAUGGAAAACAGUGGCACAGGUCUGUCAUAUUACUUUAUCAUCCUUCCUAUAUGAUUGAAGACAUUCCUUCUAAAGUCAUUCUUUGGUUGGAAGUUAGAGCUGUCAGUCACAAAAUGAACUUCUCUUUCAUGCCUGGCCUUUUCUAUUAUGGAGAGCUCGUAGAGAAAAGUUUAAACUUGUUGCCUGUUCCUUGGAAGCUUUGGAAGAAGCCUGAUUUGCUUCAGAGACGGUCCAAAUCUUUUCAAAACAAGCCACUUUGAAAGUGCACGCUUUGACCAAAGUGAAUGCACACCCCAAACCUGAAGUGGGAUGUUGCUUUAGUGUUCAUUCUGCGGUAAAAUAGCUUGUAUCUCAGAGCCGCAGUACUUUGUUGUUUUUGCUACUACAUAUGGGCCUUUUUGGGGGGGAGGGGAAAUGUUUUAUUUCUGGAAUUUUAUCUUUAAGCAAAAGGAUCAUGUGGAUAUAAAUGUGACAGCUACUUUGCUGUGAUAUGCUCUUGACAUGCAGAGGAGGUGGCAGGUCUGUUGUUUUUAAAGUACUCCUCCAUUAAGGAAUUUGUGGCAUGUCCUUCGGCUUAUGUGCCAUUUUUAAUUCCACAGGUGCUGUGCUUACAUCUAAAACGCUUUCACUGGACAGCUUAUCUGAGGAACAAAGUGGACACGUAUGUUGAGUUUCCCCUGAGAGGCCUAGACAUGAAAUGUUACUUGCUAGAGGUACAGUGACUUGUCAUGGGGAGCUGCUAGUCAGGGGCCCUGGAAUGCUGCUGGGAAAUUCUCAAUUCCUCUUUCUUGUCUCUCUUCCUUGUCCCCCUCCCAAUUGCAGCCAGAAAACAGUGGUCCAGAAAGCUGUCUGUAUGACCUUGCAGCUGUGGUGGUGCACCACGGUUCAGGGUGAGUAUGAUUGGACCCUGGAGGCUCUUUUGCCUUUGAGUUGAUGAUUGAAAGGCUUCUCUGCUGUAAAACCUGCAUCACUCCAUUAGGAACCAGGCAUUAAUUGAAAAAGAAUGCAUGGGAACAACUGGAAGUGGUGACUAGAGAGGGAGCCUUGCUAUGUCAACGUAAUCUAUGCAGAAUGACCUUGUUAGCUUUGCUUAUCUUGUUAAUUCCCCUUUUAAGUUUAAUAAAUCAAUAAAGAGAUGCAAUGCUUUGCCUGAAAAUAUUGUCUGUGGUCCUGAUAGAAAUUUUAUACUUCACAAUCUUAUUUGAGUUACUUAAAUGAAAUGGAAAUACAUUUAAUUCCUACAUGAAAGGUAGCUGGUCACAUUUGAUUUUUUGUUUAAAAGUGCAGUCAUCCAGGUGAGAAGCAGCUUGUUGUCAGAGGAGCUGUUAUUUUUUUCAAAAGGAGAGCUCUCAUAUCUAGAAGACAAAUGCCUCUUGAUCUAGAUUGGAGUCAACAUAAAUUAACACACAAAAAGAUAAUUCAGAAUUAGAACUAUUUAAAUGUGGGAUCUUGGUUCUUUCCCAAAACCCUGAAUGGAUUACAAUCCAGCUGGCUUCACAUUAUAUGGUCUGACUGUAACUGACCAGGCUACACUCUCAAAAAUGAUGUAGGCUGAUUAGUGGCUGGUCUGUUAGACUUGGGCCUGAGAUGUGGGUUCCACUGUUCCACUUGUUAUGUUGCCCUGGGCAAGUCCCAUGACCCCAAAAGGGUCAUGUUGCUUGUAGCAACAGAAAAAGAAAAUGCAGUGCUGAAUAGCUUCUGGCAAAAACAGGGCCUGAGGUUCUUCCUGAAUAAGCCAACAGCAUCAACUAAAUAAGUCAUAUUUAUUUUCUCUAUGACAUGGGGAGGGGUAGCCACUCUUGCUUCAUGCACCAGGCAUUGUGGGGACCCUGGCUGGUUGAUUAUGGGUUAAACUGCUGGCAAAUUUAAGGAGACGGGUCAUUUUCCGCCUUGGCUAAGUAAAUGCUGGGAAUAGAAGUAGAGAAGUAUUCCAGUCAAAAAGUAAGGCAGUGAAGACCAAACUAAUGGAGAGCGUGCCCAAUGGAUGCUGCCCCAUCCCUUGAGCAGGCAGGCCUGAAGGGGUGCAGACUUUUCCCAGUGGAUGCUUCAGCCUUGCAUAAGCCCAGCCUUGAGAGUGAGCAGGAGGAGAGAACCUCUUCCACUAACAGGCUGCGUUUAUCUUUGCAUGGCUAUGUGCCUAAGGCUCCUGAACAUUAGAAGGCAUUCUGGAAAUGUUUCAUAUCAGUGUUUGCGUUGGAUGUAUCCAAUGAAGGAAAAGGCAGUUGAGGCAUGGCAAGUAUUUUAAGGUGAAGGAAAUAGCUAAAACCAGGAUCCUUCCCCAUGACCUGUUGGCCUUAUUUUUAAAAUAGAAAGCAGUGAGUUAAUUUCCCUCAUGCUAUGUUUCUUGAUGUUCUCAGGGUUGGCUCUGGACAUUAUACAGCCUAUGCGACUCAUGAAGGCCGAUGGUUCCAUUUCAAUGACAGCACCGUGACGCUGACUGAUGAGGAGACGGUGGUGAAAGCCAAGGCUUACAUCCUCUUCUAUGUAGACCGGCAGGCCAAAUCAGCAUCUGAUAAACUUUAAUACCUCUUCCUGCCCUGUGCAUAUCAAGUCCAUCAGACAAAACAUUUCCAAUCCUCCACAGAUACUUGAUCCAAGACUCUUGAUUUCAUUGUGCACUUUUCAUUUUUUUUCUUGUGGGUUCUGGUUUUAUUUUGUCAGUAGUAGAGUAUUUGAUUUGUUAACAUGGACACAAGCUAACUGUUGUUAGUCAUACCAGGAAAAAAACAACACCUCAUUUGCUACUUCAACCCAAUUUAUAUAUAUUGUUUCAAGAGCUACUUUAGUUGUUUGACUUUGUAUAUCAUUGUAUAUCAAUGUUGGAGUUUGCUUUCUGAAGGCACAUUUACAUCAAAGAAACUUGAAUCUUUCUAAUAAGCACAUUUGUGUACCUAAUUAUGAAAUAGUCUGGAGGCUUUCAGCUGUUUGGGAAGGCUUUUUUUCUUAAGAUCAAGGACUUGUACCAAACACUUUAUGUGUGGACAGUUGUUUGGCUGCCUGUAAAAAGAAAAGGAGUGUAUGAAUUGUGGCCUCAUUCAACAGGCCAUGUAAUCGCUGCUACUCUUUGUCUAUGGAGGCUGCUUUCUUUCAAAAUUCUCUGUACUUUAGUAGCUGGCUUCAUUGUUUAUCAUAGGAACUUGCUCCAUUUUUUCAUUUCUCCUUUAAAGCAAGAGGAAAGAUUAGUGUUCUACAGCAAUUAAGCUAUAAAAAAAGCUGAGAAAAUUCAGGAUUUGCUAGUCUUUCCAUUAAGAUUAGAACUGUGUGUAUAAUCCAUCUUGUAAUACUAUCAUGCAUCCUUUUGUCUUGUGAUGCCUUGAAGGUAGAAUGGAAUAGGUAAAAUUGCCAUCCCUGUAUCAUGGAAGCAGCAGUCUUGGGUGACUGCAAAUGUAGAGACUAUAGUCUUCACUAGUAUUAAUAAUCCCUGUUGCAGCAUUGCAAUGCUGGGUUCCUUGUUGGCAUUUCUUUGCUCUGCAUCUUGUGGUUUGUUGCUGCAGAUUUGGUUUACAGUUGUAAGGAGCCCAGCCCAGCAGGGAUUUUGGCUCUCACCAACUAGUUCAAAUGGACAGAAGGAUGCUCUCUUGCAACUCUGGCUAUUUUGAGGAGAGGCUGGCCCCCUCAGAUUGUGCCCAUGUGGUUUACACAUACUUGAUUGCUUUUUCACACACCCAAUAGGAAAUUAUAGCACCAUUUUGUGGUGCUAUGUUCACCCCAGGGUUUCAAAGUAGAGAAGAGAAUCAGGUCGCUGGAGUUUGUAAUGAACCUCAGUGAUGCCCAAAGGGUCCAUGGUGGGGUUAUGAUCAAGUUCCCUGGGGUUGUAACCCUGAAUUAGCAUCUGCUUAAGUGAGGAGGCAGAGCGAAAACAUCAGGUCACACUAUGUGCUAUAUUUCCUCAGCACCAGCUCCUGCUGGAAUUAAGGAGGAAGCUUCAGAAAGUAAUGUAAAUGUGCCUUUCUUAAAAAUUGGCUAUGUUAAAUAGCUGGGUCUGGUUCUCAUUUCUCCCCUUUCUCUUCCACCUUUUGCCUCCCUCUUCCCCUCCUCCUUUUUGUCAUGGUAUCUUUCCCCUGUGUGAAGACCUUCUUUCUUUUUGGAAUGUGGCAGUUGAAAUGCAAUGCACUUACUUGUUCCUGUUUUUGAAGCCGGCUGUGUGGUGGCUCAGGCAUGUCAGUUUGGACAAAGAAGCCUUUUCCUAAUUUAGCUCCACCCACCCCUGCAAACGCAAAUGUCUAAUCAGUGAGUUGUGGCAACACAAGUUAUUUCUCUUCCUGGUGGAGAUUUCCUUAUCCGCUGGAUUAUACUCAGUGAGUCGUGUCAAAGUGACAGAUUUGAAGCAGUCAAAGUGUGUACUGCGCCUGGAUUAGUAUUUUAUUUUUACCCUUGUUUGUAUAACCUGAGUCUAAAGGGGAGGGUGGGGGGACUUUUUCAGUUCUGCCCCCUCAGCUGCCAGGUGUAGCACUGCCAGCCAGUGACAGUUAUGGGCAGGAAUGUGCAGCUGGUAAUAUAGGUAAGCACUAGAGAUGCUCUCUGAAAAAGCACUGGCUUAGUUCACGCUAGUUAUCAACACUUCCCAAUUAAAGGUUGCUCCCCUGUGUAGUUGUUGGGAACCAUGCCCUGUCUUACCCCCCCUCCACCCACCCCAUUUCCUGCAAGAUGAAGCCUGUCUGCUUCACAAAUGGUCCACCACCCCAAAGGUGCUCUGCCUAGGAAGUUCUGUUGAUGGACCAGAGUGUUUCCAUUCCACAGACAAAAGGAUUAGGCAACUAAGACCCAACUACAAAGGUAAGAGGCAGUCAGACUUUCAGGCACUUGUGGUGACUGGUUGGAAAUGGCAGUGUGGUGCUUUUCUCUCCCCCGUUCUCUCUCUUUCACUCUCUCGCUCUCACUGGAGUGGUGAUCUGCAUCUUGAAUACCCUUUGGUGCCUGCGUGCCUGAGAGGGCCUUGGGGUUCUAGUGCCAUAGCUGUGAUUGUUUGCCAUUAAAAUAUUGUGUGUAAUCCUCGGUGAGGACUGUUGAGCAUUUCGGAAGGGGAUUGUUGGCCACAAUUCAAAUUCCUUCAUAGAACAUAUUCCUCUGAAAGAUUUGCCAUUAAAGUCUUUUCUCUCUGUGCUCAUUGUGUGAGAAUCAGUUUUCCUGAGCUUCUGGAAGAAGAGCCCUUUAAUGAACUAGAUUUACAUUUUUGAUCAGGGCAAGUAAGAAUUGACAGAAGUUCCUGGAAAAGCUCCAGGAAAGCUGGCAGGGAACUUUUUGUAAAAGCUGGUGGAACAGGUUUUUUUCAAGGCCGGAACUGGAUCAUACUUGUAUACCAGGAUUGCCAUACUUUGAAGAGCAAAAAAAGAGGAC